AAAUAUCCUCUUAAAGGGGAGCAGCUUAUCUUGUAGGAGAAAGAAUGGUCUCUAAAACCCACGUAUUUACAACCACAGUGGUUUCAGUUGCAGGCCAAAGUAUAUGAAUCUUUCUUCACACCCAUCAAAAUCUUGAAAAUUCUACGUAAUUAAACCCAAAAUCUCUUAAAAAUGACUAAUUCUUUGUGUUUUACUCCUCUUUCUUCCUUCAAGACACGAAACAAACCAGGAAUAAUUGGUGGGAACCCUAAUUCUCGAAAGGUGAUUUGGGUGACUAAUCAAAAUCUGAAAUUUAAAAGAUUUCAUAGUUUGGAAGCUAAGGCUACCGAUGACGCAAAAAACACCACCAAGGUGAAUAGCAUAGUUUGUGGUGAUUGCGAUGGAAAUGGUGCUAUACAAUGUACACAAUGUGAAGGAAAAGGAGUCAACACUAAAGAUCACUUCAAUGGACAAUUCAAAGCUGGUGGUUUGUGUUGGCUUUGCAGAAAAUUGUUUUUUUUUUUUUUCAAAAUUACAUUUAUACAGGGGUAAAAAGGAGAUUCUUUGUGGUGGUUGUAAUGGAGCCGGUUUUAGGGGUGGGUUCAUGAGCUCCUUUGAUGAAUAAACAAACUAUCCCUUUAUUACGUUAUAGAAAUAGAAAUUCAAGAAACUUUUUUUUGUUGUUUUAAUGAUCUUAAAUCAUGUAUAUCAUAAUUUUGUUCGAUAUGAUUGGCCAUUCGUUUCUUGAAAUUGACACAUUCAAUUCAAGAAACACUUUUUUUGUUGUUGUUUUAUUAUAGAUUUACAAAUUGAAGGCGUACAUUUUUUUUUGGUUA